AAAAGUCUAAUAAGCAAGAUGUCUACUAACGAGAAUGCCAAUACACCAUCAGCUCGACUGAACAGAUUCAAGAACAAAGGGAAGGAUGCCACAGAAAUGAGAAGGCGGCGUAUUGAAGUCAAUGUAGAGCUGAGGAAAGCUAAAAAAGAUGACCAGAUGCUUAAAAGAAGAAAUGUUAGCACUUUUCCAGAUGAUGCUACUUCUCCCCUUCAGGAAAACAGGAGCAAUCAGGUUUCAGCACACUGGUCAGUUGAAGAAAUAGUCAAAGGAGUUAAUAAUAAUAAUACAGAGAUUCAGCUACAGGCUACUCAAGCUGCCAGGAAACUCCUCUCAAGAGAGCAGCAGCCCCCAAUCGACAGCAUAAUUCGGGCUGGUUUGAUUCCAAAGUUGGUCUCCUUCUUGGGUAGAGCAGACUGCGUUCCUAUUCAGUUUGAAUCUGCCUGGGCGCUUACCAACAUUGCUUCUGGCACAUCAGAACAAACAAAGGCAGUAGUAGAUGGAGGGGCUAUUCCAGCCUUUAUCUCUCUGCUGGCCUCUCCCCAUACUCACAUCAGUGAACAGGCUGUGUGGGCACUGGGGAAUAUUGCAGGGGAUGGUUCUACCUAUAGAGAUCUGGUUAUAAAAUUUGGUGCAAUUGGGCCACUGCUGAGUCUACUUGCUAUUCCUGACCUCUCUUCCCUGGCUUCUGGAUAUUUACGUAAUGUUACCUGGACCCUCUCAAACCUGUGUCGUAAUAAGAAUCCCGCACCACCCAUAGAAGCCAUUGAGCAGAUUCUUCCAACUCUUGUUCGGCUCUUGCACCAUGAUGACCAUGAGGUGUUAGCAGACACUUGCUGGGCACUUUCCUAUUUAACAGAUGGUUCCAAUGACAGGAUAGAAGUUGUAGUGAAAACUGGGUUGGUGCCACAACUUGUGAAGCUUCUGGGAUGUAGUGAACUGCCAAUAAUGACUCCUUCAUUAAGAGCCAUAGGAAAUAUUGUCACUGGUACUGAUGAGCAGACACAGAUUGUUAUUGACUCAGGAGCACUGUCUGUCUUCCCAAGUCUCCUCUCUCAUCAUAAAAACAAUAUUCAGAAAGAAGCAGCAUGGACCAUGUCCAACAUCACUGCUGGGCGCCAGGAUCAGAUUCAGCGAGUUAUAGACCAUGGUCUUGUGCCUUAUCUCAUUGGUAUUCUGAGGAAGGGGGAUUUCAAAUCUCAAAAGGAAGCUGUGUGGGCUGUGGCAAACUACACAAGUGGUGGAACAAUUGACCAGAUCGUGUAUCUAGUUCAGGCUGGUGUUGUUGAACCACUACUGAAUCUCCUCUCAGCUAAAGACAGCAAAAUUGUGCUGGUUAUUCUGGAUGCUAUUUCUAACAUCUUCUUGGCUGCUGAGAAGAUUAAUGAGACUGAAAAACUUUGCCUCAUGAUUGAAGAGUGUGGAGGUCUAGACAAAAUUGAAGCUCUCCAGUCACAUGAAAAUGAACAAGUGUACAAAGCCUCGUCUAGCUUGAUUGAGAAAUAUUUCUCAGCAGAAGAGGAGGAAGAUCAAAAUGUUGUACCAGAAUCUACUGCUGCUAGCUAUACUUUCCAAGUUCAGGGCACUACUCCAGAUACUUUCAACUUCUAG